UGGCUCUCUCUCUCUCCCUCCUUCGGCCUAACUUCCGUUUUCCGGCGGAAGUGAGGGAGGGAUUUCCUUUUCCGGAUACGGGUCCCCAGGAGGAGGGAAGAGAAGGCGAGCGAGCGAAGGCUUGAGCCCCCGGGCGCUGGACGGAGAGGCUGAGUGGACAAAUGGCUGCUAAAAUUGGAGAGAUCCCCCACUUGAAUAAUUCUGCACCGCUUGUGGACCCCUCAGUCUACAGUUACGGAGUAAAACGACCCCUGGAUGACGGAAGUCUUCGUGUAAGUUGGCUCCAUGGAGCACAGAUAAGAGAGACCCAGAGAAUAGGUAACCAGUUAGGGGCCCUGGUACAUCAAAGGGCAGUAAUAACAGAAGAAUUCAAAGUGCCUGACAAAAUGGUUGGAUUCAUUAUCGGCAGGGGUGGUGAACAGAUCUCCAGGAUUCAAGCAGAGUCGGGCUGCAAAAUUCAGAUUGCACCAGAUGGUGGCGGGAUGGCAGAGAGACCCUGUGUCCUCACUGGAACACCAGAGAGCAUUGAACAAGCUAAGCGGCUACUGGGGCAGAUUGUGGACCGCUGUCGGAAUGGGCCUGGCUUCCACAACGACGUGGAUGGCAACAGCACCAUUCAAGAGAUUCUCAUCCCAGCAUCCAAAGUAGGCCUGGUCAUUGGCAAAGGAGGAGAGACGAUAAAGCAACUGCAGGAACGAACAGGCGUGAAAAUGAUUAUGAUCCAAGAUGGCCCUUUACCGACUGGAGCGGAUAAACCUCUUCGGAUUACUGGAGAUGCUUUUAAAGUACAGCAAGCAAGAGAGAUGGUAUUGGAAAUCAUCCGAGAGAAAGACCAGGUGGACUUCCGAGGCAUACGCAAUGACUUUACUUCCAGGAUGGGUGGAGGCAGCAUAGAGGUGUCGGUGCCCCGAUUUGCCGUAGGAAUUGUAAUAGGAAGAAACGGAGAAAUGAUAAAAAAGAUCCAAAAUGAUGCUGGUGUUAGGAUUCAGUUUAAACCAGGUUCUGUCUCCUGUUGCUCUACAGAUGAUGGGAUUAGUCCAGAAAGAGUUGCACAGGUCAUGGGUCUCCCGGAUCGGUGUCAGCAUGCUGCUCACAUCAUCAACGAGCUCAUUCUCACAGCACAGGAGCGUGAUGGUUUUGGGAGUCUUGCCGUGGCCCGGGGAAGAGGUCGUGGCCGUGGAGACUGGAGCGUUGGCACCCCUGGAGGUGUGCAAGAAAUCACCUACACAGUGCCAGCGGAUAAAUGUGGACUGGUCAUAGGCAAAGGUGGAGAGAACAUCAAGAGCAUAAACCAGCAAUCUGGUGCACAUGUGGAGCUUCAGAGAAACCCACCUCCCAACACAGACCCCAAUGUUCGGAUAUUCACCAUUCGGGGUGUGCCCCAACAGAUUGAGCUUGCAAGACAUCUCAUAGAUGAGAAAGUUGGUGGUACUGGCCUGGGUGGACCUGGAGGUUUCGGCCAGAGUCCCUUUAGCCAACCACCCGCUACACCUCAUCAAAAUGGUCCUCAGGCAUUCAUGACACAAGGCUGGGGUGGCACCUACCAGACGUGGCAGCAGCCUGGGCAGCAGGUUCCAAGUCAACAAAGCCAGCAGCAAAAUAGCCAACCAGACUACAGCAAGGCAUGGGAGGACUAUUACAAGAAACAAAGUCAUGCUGCCACUGCUGCUCCUCAAGCAAGCUCCCAGCCAGACUACACGAUGGCCUGGGCAGAGUAUUACAGACAGCAGGCUGCUUAUUACGGGCAGACAUUAGGGCAAGCUCAGGCUCACAGCCAGGAGCAGUAGAACAACACCCUUGAUAUCCCCCCCCCACCCUCCCCCCCCCCCCCCCCGCCCCUUUUAUCUCGGAAUCAUUGUGAAAGCAAACCUUUUUUGUAACAGAGGUUUCUAGAUUUGCAACAUUUUGAUGACGACUCUUCGGGGGGUUUUUUGGUUUUGUUUUUUUGGUUUCGUUUUUUUGUGGAACACUAGUUAGGAUUAUCUAUACUGAACUUUUUCUAAGAAUCAGGAACAAUUAGUAAUGCGUACUAAACUUUAUGGACAUGCUGGGUAAUUACAUUUUUUUGGUUUAAUUUUUUUUUUCUCCAUUCCCAAAUUUAUAAGGAAAAAAGAAGGACAAAAAUUAACGAAACUCCGGGAUCCUUUUUCUUUUGUGUUGUUUUGUUUUGUUUUGUUUUGGAAAGAAGCCAGUAACCAACCAUCUGGCGUCAAAAACGUAACCCCAGAACUGUGACAUUUCAACAAGUGGUUUUUGUGGAUUCCCCCCCAACCCUUCUUCCUUGUGUUUUUAAUUUUAAAUCUCUUUUCUGUAAUUACAGAAAUUAAAAAAAAAAAGGCUUGGAAGUCUUAGGUGGUAUGUAACAAAUUCUAAAAAAUGAAAAAAAAUGAAAUUUUAAACAGUAUUUAAAUAUUCUUAAAUAUGUAAAUUCAUUAAAUAUUUUACUUCUAAUUUCUUGUACCUUGGCUGUCUUUUUUUGAUUUUAUUGCAUUUUUUUAAACAAAAAGAACUGAACUAUGAUAUGUAUUGUAAUUAAUUAUGUGAAUUCUUUAUCAAGACAGUUCCUGUUUUGCUGUCAGGCUGGUUAUUGUGGGGGGAAUUUUGUAGGGGGUUGUAUAAUUUCUAGAGAUCUAAAGGGGUAAUAUAAAAAGACAAACCAAUGUGUUAAUUUUUUUUUUUUUAGUGAUACCGUUUUUCUUUCCAUGUCUCCAUUGUUGGGUUGCAUUUGUGUAUCUAAGACCUCCAAGCUUGUCUAAAAAAAAACAAAAUACAAAAAAAAAACACACAACAAAAUACUUUUUUGUCUAUUUCAGAAAUAAAUACUGUUAUUUUUAAUAUUAAGAUGAAACUGCUAUUAUUAGUACCUUUAACGAACACUGUGGAACAUUAAAUCAUAUGAAAUAGUAGUAACUAUUUUUUAAUUCCAGGGUGUGUAUUUGCUUUUCUUCCCCCCUGUUUUUGUUUUUUUUGUUUUUAAGUAUUUUCUUAUCUUAAUAUUUGUCAAAAAUUUACCUAGAGAAAUAAAAAUGAAAUCUAGUAUUAACCACAAGUAUGCUCUAAAUAAUUUUUUGAUUUAAUAAAAGGGAUAAUAUGGUUUCCAAUGUUUACUGUAGUGUUUUCUUGUACAGAUAACUGUAUUUUUGAAGAAGAAGAAGAAGACAAAUGGGGAAGUAAAGCUAUUUUUUUCUCUCGACAUUUUUAAUUGACCUGCAGGACAUUCCGUUUUGAAUUGUACUGAAGUUGCUGUUCUAGGAUCCUCCUCUUCCUCUCCCCAUUUCUUUAUAAUGCUUGGAAUGUCUAACUAUACAGAAACAUAUUUGGAUAAUAUUGAGCAUGAUGUGUUUUAAACAACAGAAAAUUGUUCUUUUUAUUUGACUGACAGUUGCAUUUUACACUCUCUCUAUAAUAAAAAACAAAUUCCACAAGGUAAUUGUGGGUUAAGUAUGAAA